UAGCUUGUCCUAUCUGCCCAUCUAACUCCUCAUUCACCCUAUUAAGUUAUUUUACACUUCAAAUCCAAAGCCCGCCUGUUCCUUCCUCCCUCUGUGAUAUAUUUACUUUCUUCAAGGGCACUAUUGUUUUUGCUUAGAAUUGCGAAACCUUCCUCUAGCAUACAAGUUUACUAUAAUUUUCAUUUUUCCAUUCACUGCCUCUCAAUUCUGUGAGUGAACAAUGUCUACCACACCAAAAAAAGAUUCAGGGUGUUUCUCUUGCAUUUUACGCCGGAUUUUAUGCCACGGUAGUCCUCAAGCAUACCCAUCUGAUCAGAUUGCAGGACCUCAGGAAGUUGAAUUCAAUGAGCCAAAGAAAGAGUUUAGACCUCAAGCUCAAGGGGCUCCAGGAGUAGUGGCAAGACUGAUGGGUCUAGACUCCUUACCAGAAGCUAGCUGUGUUUUCAAAGGAAGGGCCCCGGAUUCAGUAACAAGAAGUAAGUCGGUGAAUUUUAUGGAUUACUUGUUGCAGUUGGAUUUAGCUCAAGCUCAUCAGCAUCGCAAAGUGAGAGCAUCGGUGUCAUUUCGUGAAGUCCCAACAUUGUUGCAUCAACAAAAUCCUGAGUUAUUUACUCUGUACCUGGAUGAAGUGGAUGAAAAGAAGAAGAGGGAGUCAAAAGUGAGAAAAUCUGGUGAGAAGUUUGGAGAGUUGAAACAGAAGAAAGAAGAGAAAAGUAAGAAGAAUAAAGAGAGAUUAGGUAUGAAUAAGAAGGAAAAAGAAAGCAAAAGCAAGAAAUUCUCCAAGUUCAUAAAUGAACCCAGGAGAAUUUCUGCUAAAAAUCAUUCAAACAAUAGCAACAGUAAGAAAUAUGGAGAAUCAGGUGCAACUGUAAAGAAGAAACUCUCAGUGAAGCGGAUGAAUCAAAUUGAUGAUGUACUGGCUAAACCAAGACUCACAAAGAGUAAAGAUAAGCAGUCAGUUGAGGCAAAAAUGGCAGCUGAAUUUAGUUCAGAAAAUUCAAGUCCUAUCUCUGUUCUUGAUAUCAAUGAAUUUUCAAUCUAUGAUUACCAUCGAUCUUCAGAAGAUCCCAGGUGUAAAGAUUUGCAUUUUGAGAGGAAAUCUUCAGUAAAGAGCAUAUGCACACCAGCAAAUUCCAAGCGAAUUUUGAGGAAUGAUGAUCCCAAGUUAAGAGUUGUCAAGAAAAAGGAGAAUGAGUGGCUGGAUGAUCAGAUGACCGACUAUUACAAGGAAAUGGUGGCCAAGCUUUGCCUUAUAACAGAUGAGUGUAUAAUACAAUGCAAUUGGGUUCCGGAGAAGGAGCUCAAUUUUGAAGAAAUUUGCAUGCAAAUUGGGGAGCACAUCCUUGAUACUUCAAUAAAACAAGCUGUAGAUGAACUAGAGGGAUUUAAUUAAUACAGAAAUUUUAGGUUUGUAAUGUUGAUGAAAACUCUGCAGAAUAAUCCAUACACAGAUAUUGGUAAUAGUUGUGAAAGCGUUUGCAGAGUUUAACCAUGUAGCACAACACAAGCAUGUUUGGGAAUUGUAAAAAUAUUAACUCUUUCUUUCUACAGAAAGUUGAGGUGUUAUUGAAAAGAUGAGAAAAUUACAAAUGGGUCAAAUUU